UCGGCCAACGGUGGUUCCAACAGAGGCAAAGCCGCGUUCAAUGCGCAAAGAACAAAAAAAAAGAUCCCGCCCUUUUUUUUUAUUUUUUCUUAAUUCCUCGUAUUUCUCUUUUGCUUUCCCAUUUUCUCUGAAUUUUCCUUCUGUUUUUUGUUUUUUUUUGUUUAUAUGAGAAAGAAUUCGCAAUUCUCUUCCUUCUCAGGGUUUUCUCUCUUCGUUUCCAACCCUGAAUUCUCUCCAAAUCUUCUCUCUCUCUCUCUCUCUCUCUCUCUCUCUCAAUUCUCAAUUCGCAUCCUUUUCCGGAUCCGAUACACUUUUCUUUCAGGCUUUCUAUGCAUAAUCUAUAUCAUCAAGUUUGUCAGUUUGUAAACAACUGGUGUAGUUGGUGACAAUUGAUACAAAAAAUGAUUGACUUAAGCAAUUCAGUUAUAAAGUUGUUGAUGAGCUCAGAUGGUUAUGGUCCAUUUAUUUUUGGAUGGCUGGUCACUGGGUCUUUUGGGCUUGUAGCUAUUGUGUAUGCAUUUCUUAAAUGGCAGAGAAGGGCAUCUCUCAAUUGGGUUAAAGCAGCUGCAAGGGCAAAGAAAAAAGUUUGGAAGAAGUUAAAAGUUCCUCUUUCGCAUCAUGUGUGGAUGGAAGAUUUUACUUAUGGUGAGCAGCCUUCCACGUGCUGUGUUUGCUUGACUUCACUGGUUUCCCUACAAAGCCUAGGGGCAAAAGAUUUAUCAUGUACUCCUGUCCAUCGUUGCUCUGUUUGUGGUGCAGCAGCUCAUUUCUAUUGUUCUCAGUUCGCUGUAAAGGAUUGCAAAUGUGUGGCUCAGGCCGGUUUUAGCCGCAUUCGACACCAUUGGUCAGAAAGAUGGGAUAAUAUGGAUGAUAAUCCUGAGAUGUCUGCUUUCUGCUUUUAUUGUGAUGAACCUUGUGGUGUUCCGUUUCUUGAUGCUUCUCCUACUUGGCAUUGCUUAUGGUGUCAGCGCCUCAUACAUGUCAAAUGUCAAACAAAAAUGUCGAAAGAUACUGGUGAUGUUUGUGAUUUGGGUCCUCUUAGGAGGGUUAUUGUUUCUCCUCUUUGUGUAAAGGAAGUUGAUGGCUGCAAUGGAGGUGGAGUUGUAAGUUCUAUCUCAGAGGAAGUUAUAGCCUCUUCUGGUCAGUUUAGAAGAAGGCGCCAUCGAAAAUAUGGAGAUGGUUUCUCAAUUAAUGCUAAGUUGCAGAAUGCCUCAGCUACCAGUGCACCAGAGGAAUUUGCGCUCAAUGGUGUUUCUGGUUUGAAGAGAUCCCGUAGUGAGAGGAAUUUUGACUUCUUAAAGAAGGAUGGUAGAGCACAUGGUGUAAAGGGCACUCGUAACGGGUUAAUGCAGAGGAAGGGUGGAACUGCCAGUUUUGGACAGGUAAAGAGAUAUACAUUGGUUGAUUUACCUCAGGAUGCUAGACCUCUUUUAGUCUUUAUAAACACCAGGAGUGGAGGUCAGCAUGGAUCUUCUCUUCGGAGGAGGCUGAACAUGCUAUUGAAUCCUGUGCAGGUUUUCGAGCUGAGUGCCUCCAUGGGACCCGAGGUUGGGUUGGAGCUGUUUAGGAAUGUAUAUUACUUCAGAGUUUUAGUCUGUGGUGGAGAUGGCACUGUUGCAUGGGUCCUUGAUGCAAUUGAAAGGCUUAAAUUUGAAUCACCUCCCCCUGUUGCUAUUCUUCCCCUUGGCACGGGAAAUGAUUUGUCAAGGGUGCUGCAAUGGGGAAGAGGCUUCUCUAUGAUUGAUGGACAGGAUGGCUUGACCACAUUAUUGCAUGAUAUAAAUAAUGCUGCAGUUACGAUGGUAGAUCGCUGGAAAGUAGAUAUUAAAGGAGAAAAUUUUGAAGGUGAUCCAAGUAAAGUACAAUCCAAGUUCAUGAUGAACUAUUUAGGUAUUGGUUGUGAUGCAAAGGUUGCAUAUGAAUUUCAUAUGACUCGGGAAAUAAAUCCAGAGAAGUUUAGUAGUCAGUUUUUAAAUAAAUUGAGAUAUGCCAAAGAAGGUGCAAGAGAUAUAAUGGACAGAACUUGUGCUGACUUACCGUGGCAAGUUUGGCUUGAAGUUGAUGGGAAAGAUGUUGAUAUUCCAAAGGAUUCUGAGGGUUUAAUCGUGCUCAACAUUGGCAGCUACAUGGGUGGGGUAAAUCUUUGGCAAAAUGAAUUCGAGCAUGAUGAUAAUUUUAGUUUGCAGUCAAUGCAUGAUAAAGUUCUUGAAGUUGUAUGCGUAUGUGGAGCCUGGCACCUUGGAAAGCUUCAGGUUGGACUAUCACAAGCUAGGAGGCUAGCCCAAGGAAAAGUGAUAAGAAUACAUGCUUCGAGUCCUUUCCCAGUUCAAAUAGAUGGAGAGCCAUUUAUACAACAACCAGGUUGCUUAGAGAUAACACAUCAUGGGCAGGCGUUCAUGUUAAGGAGGGCUUCGGAGGAGCCUAGAGGUCAUGCAGCUGCAAUUAUGACCGAUGUCUUAGUAGAUGCCGAGUGCAAAGGCAUCAUCAAUGCGUCUCAAAAAAAUACGCUUUUGCAGCAGAUAGCUGUCCAGUUAUCUUGACCCCCACUGAUACACCUUGCCUGUCUCUUUAAGCUGACACUUAAAAUCAGUAACACAAUUCUUUUUCUUUUGUCCCACUUUCUAGGCUAACAUUAACUUGUCCCAUGCACUUUUUUUUUUUUUGUUUUUUUUUUUUUGUUUUUUUUUUUUUUUUGGUUUUCUCUUAGAUGCUUCUUAUGUAGGAGCAGUUUUUUUCUCAAAACCACAGGAAACGAGUGUACCAUGAGAGCUGUUUACAUAUAUAGGAGAGAUUGUAAAAAUAUGAAAUGAGAAGUAUAAAUACCAAAUGUUUUUGUCCAAUAGAAAUCCUAUCAUAUAGUUCAUACCUCAUUUCUCUAUGCCAUUUUGUCGGUAAUUGUUUGUAUUUUGUUCUUUUUUCUGCGGGUGUGUUUGAGUGGAUGCAUCAAUUCCGGUGUGAGAUCUAACAAUGUUAUAAAAGAUGUAUAUAUAAGAUAUGGUUUUCAUCCUUGUAUC